UAGAGGCCAUAAAUAUCCCCUUGUACUGAGUCAUUCACAAAAGAGAUCGGGAAUAAGUAAUUUUCCAAAAUUAACAAUAGCCCUUGCCGAGCAUAAUAAGAUUAUGUAAACAUUUGAACAUUUCCUCUAUCCUUCUUUUUCCCUGUUCAAUUCCGUCUGUUGAGUCCUUGUCGGCGGAAGAGGACACUUUAACUACAGCUACGGUUCAAAUAUUCAAAGAAACCUCGGAACAAGCAACUAUCUCCACUGACCUUGCGCUAGAAGUGAUUCAACAGACAUAUCACGUCGCGUCACUUGGACGGACGCGUCAUUUCAAAUUUACCGCUUCAAUUUCAAAAGUUGCAUCACCUUAUCUGGCUCUGACUGGUCGAGCGGUUUGUUUACGUUGAACAGCUGAUUUUUCAGUCAUCUCUCAUAACCUGUAAUUCUGAGUAGGACGGAGCUUUCAUACAAAAUUCUCAGUUACCUAAUCUAGAGUUAAAUCGUGUUUUAUUGAAGGUCUGUUUCAUUUGAUUCAUGAACGAGUUUAAUUAGCAAAUGUACAUUAUCAGUUCUCACGAUGGAAUUUGUAUUGGGUGGCACUGCUGCAGUUGGUGCAGUUUGUUUCACAAACCCUUUGGAAGUAGUCAAAACACGAUUUCAACUUCAAGGAGAACUCAAAGCACGAGGACAGUAUGCUGUGCACUAUUCCAAUUUUUUUCAUGCCAUGUAUGUCAUUGCAAAGAAUGAUGGGAUUCUAGCGCUACAAAAAGGUCUUGCUCCUGCUGCAGUUCACCAAAUCUUCCUAAACGGCACACGCUUAGGGGGAUAUCAAAUAGCAGAAGAUCGAAAGUGGUUUUUAAAUGAAGAUGGCACUGUUUCGCUCUGGAAGAGUUCUCUCAUUGGAGCAGCCGCUGGAUCUCUUGGUGGAUUCUUAGGGAGCCCCUUAUAUUUGGUAAAAGUUCAUUUGCAAUCAAAAUCAAUGAGCAGCAUAGCUGUAGGACAUCAGCACAACCAUGAGAGCACACCUCAAGCCUUGAAAAAUAUUUACAAGCAGUUUGGCAUUCCAGGCCUUUGGCGUGGAGCCUCCGGUGCAGUGGUUCGCAUCGCCGUUGGCUCCUCCGUGCAACUAAGUUCCUUUUCAAUUUGCAAAGAAUAUUUUAAAAAACACGAGCUCUUUACUUCAGUUAAAUACUUGGACACAUUCGCAGCUGGUGCAAUUGGAGGGAUCGCCAUUGCUCUCGUUAUGGCUCCUUUUGAUUUAAUAUCAACAAGACUUUAUAAUCAAGGUGUUGAUGCAGAAGGGAAAGGAUUAUUGUACAAAAAUUACACAGAGUGUGUCUCCAAAACUUGGGCUAAAGAAGGUCUCUAUGGCAUGUACAAGGGUUUAAUGCCAUGCUAUCUACGAAUAGGGCCGCAUUCCUGUCUUUCUCUCUUAUUUUGGGACGUACUAAAAUCAUUUGAAAAAAGUUUUUUCACAGAAUCACAAAGCUAAUAUUUCCAAGUAUUUUACUGUCACUACAAAUGAAGAGUAGCCUUUUUUUUUCUCUUUUUUUCUUUUUCUUUUUUUUUGUACUCUAUCUUAUCGAUAUUGGUGCUGAAAGUGGUCAUUGAGAUUUGAGCUUCAUUCUGGUCGGAUGGCCAGAAAUUGAUGAUGCUCCGUACUUCUGUAGAUCCAGGGCACUGUUAUGAUUCAAGGUGAUAAAAUUUACUUUCCUCGAAAAAUAUCUACCUGUUACCUGCACAUUUCCCAUUUUGAACAUGCGGUAUCCACUCUUAAAGUCAUAAAAUGACUUGGAAACACCAAAAAGGAACAAAUACGGCAAGUCGAGGCUUGUUUAUUAUGAGCCUUAAAUUAUUUUAAGAAGAAAGACUGGUUAAGUUAGGUAUAAGUUUAUACUUUUAUCAACUCUUUAUCCCUAGAUUCCUUGCUUGUUGAAAAUUGAGUUUGAGUUUUUGUUUUGCUGCAUCUCUUGUUUAUCAAAAGUAAUUUUAAGACUUUUUUCUUACCUCAUUUAUGUACGUCUCCUUUUAUCUAUGUUCAAACUGUGAAUUUCUGUAAAUUCUCACAUAAAUACGGUCAUGUGCAUUGAAUUACUAGCCCUUCGCGUUAGGGUGAAAGAGGGUAAAAGGCUACACUUUUUUUUUGGGGCCAUUUUAAUAAAUUCAUCGGAAAUGUGGUAAAACAAACAAUUUCUAUUUUUGCCCCAAAAGUAGAAAUUAUUUCGCCAUUUUUAGAAUUGGCGAUCUUUCUGAAACUCCUGUCAGUGAUGAAGUUUCACAUUAUUCCCAUUGAAACAGACGUGGCUUUGUUGUCAGCUUUUUUCAAUCAAAAUAAGGAGAUGCGGCCCUCUGUCCUGUGCGGCCUUUUUCCUUCAUCUUCCUUAUUUCAUUUAAACUGUAGUUACUGACUUAUCUAUUCAAAGAAAUGCGUACCUGAAGCUUACCUUGAUUUUACAAAUAUUUUGUUACUGAGCUUGUUAUAGCACAAAUAAAUCUUGUUUUCUAAUGAAUUCUUCA